UGCCUUGGCACAGGCAGGGCGCUGACUCUAAGUUCCCUGUGCUCUCAGUCCUAUAGAGACACAGCCCUCUGAAAUUCAUGAACCAACAUGCUUGGCAGAAGACCUAAAAAGAGCCCUCAGGCAAAGGGCCAGGGAGCUGCAGUUGCAAAGCAGCUGGGGCUGUUUGUGGAUUUCAAUCCUGAAGAGAUGCUGCUGGGUGCAGAGGAAGGUGAGGAUGAUGGGGACCUUGAAGCAGAGCUUGCUGCUAUCACAGGAGCAAAAGUGAAAGAAGGAAAAUCAAAACCAAAGGUGAAAGCUCCUCUGCCCAUGGAUCAUAUUGAAAAGAUGGCUGCAGAGUGUAUGAAGGAUCUGAAUGAAGAUGAAGAGGAAGAUGCAGAUGAUGACUUGGAGAAAGAUACAGACCUGUUGGCAGAGUUGCAAGAAGUUCUGGGGGAAGAAGGUGAGACAGGAAGCUGUGAGGAUGAAAUGACACCAACAGAGCCAUCCCCAUCUGAAGCAGAAGAUGAAUUACCUGAACUGCAAUCACAGACCUCCUCACUUCCUGCUGUUACCAGUGAGCUACAGCAGACGCUGGAGGGGAGAAUUGCUGACUACAGGAGGGCGAUUUCUAACGCCAGGGCAUCGGGGGAGAGCGCCAAAAUCCGGCGCUACGAGAGAGGCCUGAAGACACUGGAAACCAUGCUGGCUGCAGUGAAGAAAGGCAAAAAAAUCAGUGAGGAAGAAAUGCCACCUCCUGUUGCAACAGGAAAGAGUUCUUCUUCUGCACCUCAAGCCAUGGGAGUGGAGCUGGAGAAUUCAGGAGAUUCACCAGAGAAUAAAGCUGACUCUGCUACAGAUGAUGAGCAGAAGGCUUCUCCUGAGGCAAGGGAGCAUUUGGAAUCAGAGUCUCUGCAAGGUCAUGCUGCUGCUGAUGCUGCUGUGGAAGCAGAUCCCCAGCACAGCAGCACAAGAGCAAUCCUGCUUAUGAGGCAGAAGGAGUAUAAAUUAGCAGCUCUAAAGGCCAAGCAGCAAGGAGACCUGGAGAAGGCAAAGGAAUACAUGAGGGCAGGCAAGAAGUUUAAUGUGGUGUUGGAAGCUUUGGACAGUGGGCAACCAAUAGACCUCGAGAAUAUGCCUCCAUCUCCUCAGGAUCUUGAAAGCUUAGGACAUGUACAAGAUGCAUCGAAGCAAAAAGAACCACCUCAGGUGGGAAGUUCCCAGGGUCUUGCAACACCUGAACCUCAGACCCAAGAAGCUUCAGAGGCCCUGCAGCAGCCCAGGACGGUGCUGGAGGCGUUGCAGCAGCGGCUGGAGAAGUACAGGGCAGCAGCAGCUCAGGCUAAAGCUAGCGGGGACGAUCGGAAGGGCAGGAUGCACGACAGGAUAGCCAAGCAAUACCAGGAUGCCAUAAGAGCCCAUAAGGCAGGGAGAAAAGUGAAUUUUUCUGAGCUACCUGUUCCUCCCGGAUUUCCCCCUCUUCCUGGUGUUGUAGCAACAGAUGGUGGCAGCACAAUCGCUGCUGUCCUGGAGAAUGCCAGCAAGCUGGCAAAAAUGGAGGAGAAUGAUGAAGAGGAGGAGAAUGAGCCUCUGCCCCAGGCCCCAGUUGCCAAGAAGCCAACUCAGGUUGUUAAGCCAACUCCAGUUCCAUCUGCUGCAGCUCAGGAGAGCUCUCCUGAGCACCUGAAACGAGCUGCAUCACCCGCCACCCUGGACAAGGCAGAGUCAAUGGAUCAUCUCCCUCCAGCUGUUAGAGAACAGCUGGAAUUUCUGGAGAACAGGAAGAAGCAGUACCUGAAGGCAGCCAUCAAAGCAAAGAGGGAAAACAACCUUGAACAGGCGAAGACGUAUCUCAGAACAGCAAAGGGCCUUGACCUAAAGAUUGAGCAGGCAAGAUCUGGCAAAACUGUUGAUAUUUCCAAGCUGCCAUCACCUCCUACAGAUGAUGAGGGUGAUUUUAUCUUUGUACACCAUGAAGAUGUCAGGCUGUCUCAGAAAGCAGAUGAAGUUUAUGCACAGCUUGUAAAAUUGCUGAAGGACCAACAUGAGAGGUGUUUGCAGUAUUCCAAGCAAUUCAUGCAUCUGGGAAACGUAGCAGAAACAACUCGGUUUGAGAAACUGGCACAAGGUUGUAAAAAGGAUAUGGAGAUCCUACAGCUUGCACGAGCACAAGGAAUGGAUCCUCCAAGCCAUCACUUUGAGGAAAGAACCUUUAAAAUGAUAAGGAUAUUUUCUGAUCUCAACAGCACAGAAAUGCACCUUCUUAUUGUCAGAGGAAUAAACCUACCAGCCCCACCAGGUGUGUCACCAAGAGAUUUGGAUGCGUUUGUGAAGUUUGAAUUUCAGUACCCGAGUGCGGAACAACCUCAAAAAAGUAAAACAUCUGUAAUUAACAAUAACAAUUGUCCAGAGUACAACCAGCUGUUCAAGCUGAACAUCAACCGCAACCACCGAGGCUUCCGACGCGCUGUUCGCUCCAAAGGAAUCAAAUUUGAAGUGUUUCACAAAGGGUCCUUUUUCAGAAGUGACAAACACGUGGGGACAGCACACUUGAAGCUGGACAAGCUGGAAUCAGAAUGUGAAGUUAGAGAGAUCAUCGAGAUUUUUGAUGGCAGAAAGCCCACUGGAGGGAAACUGGAGGUAAAAGUGAGACUCAGGGAGCCCCUCAGUGGUCAAGAUCUUCAAACAGUUACAGAGAAUUGGCUGGUCCUUGAACGUUAGUUCUGUCUGAGAUCCAUGGGAAUGUUGGAAGUCGUGGGCUGAGCGAAGGCAGGAAGAUGCUGCUAAGCUGCAAGCACCAAAGAUGUUAAACGAAUGC